CGCCAAACUUUGAACCCCUUCUCAGUCCUGUUCUAACAGUAUGGAAAAAAUAGAUUUGAUAGAUGCUCAUGUGCAUCUUUACGAUGAAGAGAACCUCAGCUCAUUGAGGUGGAUGGAUAAAUCACUUCCAAUUAGUUGCGAGCACACAGUAACCGAGUAUCGGGUACAGAACUGGAAUCAGGGCACUAGUCGAUUCAAUUUCAAGGGCAUUAUCUAUAUUGAAUCAGACGUCAAGACAGAGCUUUCAAGUGGCCUUGAAGGCUUUACUCCUGCAGUACGAGAAUUGAAAUUUGUAAUUGAACAGUCAGUCAAGGAAGAAGGCUCGAUUCUUGCUAUAGUUCCUUGGGCACCGGUACCUUUAGGACCACAGAUACUAGAACUGCACAUCGAUAAACUAUUUGAAGAUAUCAAUCCACGAAAAAUCUCUUUAAUCAAGGGUUUUCGAUUUCUUUUGCAAGAUAAGCCGGAUGGAAUCAUGGUCUCAAAGAAGUUCAUUGAGUCCAUCAAGUGGAUGGCUAAAAACAAGCUUGUCUUUGAGCUAGGAAUUGAUUUUCAUCGUCGUGGAGAUGGCCAGUAUAGAGAGGUGUGUGUUUUGUUUGAAAGUGUGAAAAAUGCUACUUUUGUCAUAGAUCAUUUUGGGAAGCCCAAUCUUGCACUUGAUGGGUUUUCAGGCAACCUCGAUGCAUGGAAGCGCUCGAUGAAUAACAUCCAUGAGACAGCUGUGAAAAAUAACAAUGCAGUCUACAUGAAACUCAGUGGUUUGUUUUCUGAACUUGACAAACAUGCUGAGAAUAUCAGUUACGAAGAAAUUGUGCAAAGAGCCACUCCCUACUUCGAAUAUGCGCUGCAGACAUUUGGACCCGCUAGAGUUAUUUGGGGAAGUGACUGGCCAGUAUGCAAGCUUAAUGGUGGAGAGACAGCCUUUCCAUUAUGGAGAAACUUAACCAUGGACAUUCUAAACAAUCUUGAGGCAUCUGACGACGAGAAACAACGAGUUUUUAGCAUCAAUGCCGUGGAUGCCUACAAUAUUCAUGUCAACUGAGAGAGUACUGCCAGUCAGAUAAUAAAACUUCUCGUCUUGGUAGUCUUAAUAUGCCAACUAGCAAGAACUUCUUAGGUGUCACCGUUUCUUUUCUGAGUCACCUGCCAUAUUGGUGUCUUUGAAUGAAUACAUGUGAACUUUUGAUCACCAAAACCACUAGGCUCCUCACACAGAGACCGCUUCCCUGUCUGUCGUUUGCGCUGCUCCCAACACUGAAUUACGAGCACUUCACAUUCAUCCCUACACCAGCAUAGUAGAAAGAUUCGCAAGGAUUUUUUCCGCGACAAGCUGUUCGUUGUAGUACACGUUAAACGGCGUCCCCAGUUAAACAAAGCAGGAUUUAUAGUGCAGUGUUUCCUUGUAAAGGCUCACAGAUUGUGCCUGUUUGUUUUGGAGCACUAUUCCUUGAGUUUUAGACAGUUCGCAUUCCGAUCUUAAAUUUAUUUUGGCAAUGAAUUCAAAUAAAACAUGUUCCCG